AUGUCUCAUCGCCGAGGCGCUUUCACAGCCCCAACCUCCAGCACUGAGGGUUGGGCGCGCGAAUUGAAGAAGGACCAAGACCUCCUCAAAAGCUGCGGCUUGAGGGUCAAGGAGGUGGAAGGAGAUGGUGCUUGCCUUUUUAGAGCGUUCGCGGACCAGCUGACCGCCGAUGAGCCAGAUGCCCAUGCUCGCAUGAGGGAGGAGUGUGUCGACUUCAUGGUCCAACACAGAGGAGAUUUCGAACCCUUCAUCGACGAGCCCUGGCAACGGUUGGGCAAGGUGCUCGCUCCAUGUCCUGGCCUUGAUGAAUGGUGGGGCAGUCCCGAAGGUGGCCAUCCGGAGGACCUGCGCAUGCCGGUGGCGGAGGCCUGGCACCGGGCCCUCAGCAACUCCAAGGGCAGCCAGACCGAUGACCUCGAGACUGAAACCCGGGGCCGUGAGCCGCAGGCCACGGCCAGGACGGGCCCUCGAGCACGGAGCUUGACACUCACCGCCAGCACGCUGUUGGAGGAUGGGAGGAGGAAUCGAGACAAGGCCGAAUCGGUGUCUCCUGCGCGGAUGAAGUGGCGGAGGGUCCGGCGGUUGUACGAUGGCGGCAUGGUCAUGCAAGGCCUGCUGAAUGAUGUGCGCUCAAGGCAAACUGAGGGAAUUUACAGCCUGGAUUGGUCCAAUGUCCCGUCCACGUCCACAUCGAGCCAUCGGAUCUUCACGAAAGAGCUCAGUGAUGCAGAGGCUUCGGUGCACACGAGGCCGAGCACCAAGGACGACACGGAGAAGGUCUAUGCCGCGGAUUGGACAGAGGUGCCUGGACAUCCUUCACCAGCUGCCAUUGAGAAUUGGAAGAGGCUGAAGCUGGCGUGUCCUGGGCUGAAGGCAAGACAAGCCUUGCAUGGCGUGAAUCAGGUGCCAGAACGCACUGCGAACCGCGCGUCCGAACGGCCCGAAUGCGCGGCGCGCCCGCGCGGGGCGAGCGCGCGGGCGAGCGCACGAGCUGACGUGUGCAACGAGGGCGGAGAGUUCCAGAGGAGACGGCUCCUGAAUGUGCAGGCGCUUGCCCGGCGGAACGGCGUCAACGCGAUCAUCUACCAGCCCUCGCAAGCAUCUGGACGACCAGACCAGAUCCUUAGAUCAGCAGUCGAAAUCCAGGCCACUGAUGAGCAUGCUGGAUGUGUGCAGUUUCUUGGCCUGAACAAUGUGGCAACCAGCAAAAACAAGCCUAGCUGCCAUAUAGAACGUAUGAGACACUCAGAACUUGUAGUUGUGUAUAGGGGUGCCCAGGCUGGAAACCUAUCCCCUUUCCAUGCCGCGGGAGGUCACUCCAACGUUUGGCCAUGA